AUGGAUCUAGCCGUGAGAGAGAACACUCAGAGGGCUGCUCGAUGGGAAAAAGGUGUUAAAGUGGGAGAGGGUACAUUUGCUAAUGUAUACAAAGGUAAUGAGAAAUCGACGGGGCGCAAAGUGGCCAUCAAGAAGAUCAAGGCCGGGGAAAUGAAGGAUGGAUUGGAUAUGACCGCUCUACGAGAAGUCAAGUUUCUGCAGGAAUUGCAUCACCCUAAUAUCAUCGGUCUUCUCGACGUUUUCUCUGUGAAGCAGAAUAUCAACUUGGUUCUCGAAUUCCUCGAUACAGAUCUCGAAGCUGUCAUCCGAGAUAAAGCUUUGAUAUUUCAGAAUGCAGAUAUCAAAAGCUGGAUAGCCAUGUCGUUGCGAGGUCUGGAGUAUAUACAUCGGAAUGGGGAUUUGAAACCGAACAACUUGCUUAUCGCAUCAAACGGGGAGCUGAAGAUAGCGGAUUUUGGUCUAGCGAGAGAAUUUGGAGACGCAGGCAGCAAAAUGACUUGUCAAGUGAUCACUCGAUGGUAUCGACCUCCAGAGCUUCUGUUCGGUUCUCGUUUCUAUUCUACCGCCGUCGACAUGUGGUCUAUUGGGACCAUAUUCGUCGAACUCAUCCUUCGUGUCCCCUUCUUAUCAGGUGAAACGGAUAUUGAUCAGCUCAAGAAAACAUUCCAUGCUAUGGGAACGCCCACUGAGCAGGAUUGGCCGGGACAUACCAAGCUUCCAGAUUAUCAUGAGAUCGGGUCGUAUCCUAAGAAUCCAUGGUGGAACAUGAUAUCUUCGAUAGGCAAGGAAGGUCAAGAUCUCGUCAAGGACAUGCUCAAAUACGACCCUGCAGCUCGAGUCUCUGCCAGAGAGGCACUCGAACAUCGCUUCUUCUCGUCAUAUCCACGUCCGACUCCUCCAGCAUCAUUGCCAAAACCCUUAGCCGAGCUUCGACCUCGUGCUCUGGCUCCUGACGAGACUCAAGGCAAACCCGCUCUGAAUUCAUCUGGAAGUGGAGCAAUGAAACGCAAAGCUGAGUCACCCCAACCUGGUCGUAACGUGGCUCGUAAACUUGUAUUCGCUUGA